AUGGCUGCUGCUGGUCUUACCACAAAGGCAACUCAUGUUGAAUCUGUGUGGAACAUGCAUCAGGCUUGGUAUGCACAUACCAAUCCAAAAGCAUCUGCAGAGGAAACCAAAGACUACUAUAGGCAUCACACCAAGCACUAUGAGGACCAUAAAGAUGAGGAUAAACAUCCUCAACUGUGGGCUGAGAUCUGGAAGUAUUGGAAAUACCUGUCCACAAUUAUCAAGUAUAAAAUCCUUAACUCUGCUGCUUUGGUGCCUCUUCCUGACUUUAAUGUGCUGUCACAACCCUGUUAUGACCAUGCACUGGGAUUGAAACCUCAAGAAUACAGGCAUGAUUGCAAUUGUGCUGCCACAGAAGAGAAUGGCAUCACACAAGGCCAGAGAAAUGUUUCUUGGAAGUCAUUGCUUGAUCUGCUGUAUGUUCACCAGUAUACCAUCACUGAUUGGCCUGCUGGAGUCCCUGCUGUUGGUCCAGAUUUCAAUGUCAAAUGCCUCAAUGCUGAUGAACUUCAUGCUCUGACUGUUCCUUUCCUGAAAGAGUCAAUGGGUGCAGAUUACCAUGCUGAGGCUCCACUAGAUGAUGAAGAAGACCAAGCUGAAUACCUCAUCCCUUUGCCAAAUUCAUCAUUUUACCUCAAGAAGUGGGCUGAUGAUCAGAUUGAGCUAUUUCACCACAGUGAUGCAAGGAUGUGUGACAUCCCACUUGUGGUGAACACAUUGAACCAGCACCUCCAUGUUCUUUCUGAUUCAGAUGCAUUCAUUAAGGCCCUCCCUAAAGGUGACAAGUUUGAGGAGAGAAGUGCCCCUUCAUCUUUCCCUGACCAACCUGUGCAAGGACAAGUGCCAUCCAACAGACAUCACCCUUUGCCAGCAGCAUCCAACACCCACCAUAUGACUGUGCCUUCUUUAUCCCCAGCUUAUAGAUUACCCCAGCCACCUGUGUGGUGCCAUGUGUCUCCCUCAACAUCCCACCACACCUGA